AUGAUCCCAAACGAGCCUACACCCCCGGAAGACGCGCCGCUCAAAAAGUUGAUCGCGUUCUACAAAACUCUGUCAACAGAGACCAAGAACAGCACGCUGUUGCUCGUUCGGCCGUCUCCGUACAGAACCGACUGUACUGUCAUGAUGCAAUCCUUGCAAACUUUGAAAGAGCGAGACAUCAAUGCCUUUGGGAUCGCAAUUUUGAAUCUCGACAAAACCACCGACGCACAACUGAAAGAAAUACACGUCCUCGGUGUACGUGGAAUCCGACUGAAUUUCCAAGUAGACGGAAAAGAUGUCAACGUCGACAAACUGGUAGCAGAUCUCCUCCGUACUGCCGAUCGUAUUCAAUAUCUCCCUGGCUAG